CGCUGCUGGAAGCAUCGAGGUGGCGGUUUCCGUGGGAAAGACAACAAGAGGCCGGCAAAAUACCGUUAGGAAAUCGUGUGUGCUGUAUCUCGUGUUCGUGUGAUUUGAAAGUUAGUUUUCCUCGGAGCUCAUGGAUCCUCUGCGGGAUCUCAGGACCGCUCUGCAGUCGGGAGAGUACGAGGUCGAACGUUCGGGAGAUGCUCGCUCCUCUGUUCAAACAGUGACGAAUUUCGCUGAUUUGGGGAUAAAUGACGAUCUCUAUCGAGCGAUUUGUAAGAUGGGCUUCCGAAAUCCGUCCCGGAUCCAAGAGACCGCGCUACCGAUCCUGAUGGAGAACCCGCCGACGAACAUGAUGGCUCAGUCUCAAUCUGGCACGGGGAAAACCGCAGCUUUCCUGCUGGCAGCCUUGACCAGGGUCAAGGCAGAGAAUCAAUGGCCCCAAGUUCUCAUCAUAUUGCCGACCUUGGAACUCGCGGAGCAAAUCGCAACUCAGUGCCGACAGAUGCUACAGUUCACAUCAGGAAUAGAAGUGCGCCACGCUGUAAGGGGAGAGGUUCUCCCUCGACGUUUGACGCUCCGCGAACAAGUUGUCAUCGGAACCCCGGGGAAACUGGCCGAUUGGGCACUCCGACGAGAGCAUUUCGACAUAAAAAAGAUUCGCGUUUUUGUUCUCGACGAAGCCGAUGUCAUGAUGUCGGAAAAAGGUCAUUACGUCGCCUGUAUCAACAUACACCGCCGGUUGGAUGCAGACAACUGUCAGAUGCUCCUGUUUUCCGCCACGUUCGAUGCAGCCGUCAUAACUCUGGCGGACGCCAUUAUAAAGGAACCAUUUGUGAAGAUCACCUUACGCACGGAGGAGCUUGCGUUGGGCAACAUUUCUCAUUACUAUAUGCACACGAGGAGCGAGAAAGAAAAGUUGGAAGCCAUCAGUACACUCUACCAGCUACACAAUAUCGGUCAGGCCAUAAUAUUUUGCAGAACAAGGGCUUCUGCAUUCCGCAUCGCCGGGCUGAUGCGGGAGCUCGGCCAAAAGGUCGCGAGUCUACACGGGGAACUCGAACCAUCAGAGAGACUCGCCAUCAUCGAAGGUUUCCGCAGAGGGAACCAGAAGGUCCUCACCACGACGAACGUCUGUGCGCGUGGGAUAGAUAUCUUGUCUGUAACGCUGGUGAUCAAUUAUGAUCUCCCGCUCUCUUCGGAUGGACAAGCGGACAUCGAAAUAUACUACCAUCGCGUCGGCCGUACAGGGAGAUUCGGUCGACACGGGACAGCGGUGGACUUCAUAAACCCCACUAACCUAAUGGAAGUUGCCGCGUUGAAACAAAUCGAGAGAGAGCUACGAAUCGAAGCUCGAUUCAUCGAUCAUGAAUCCUUCGAGUCGGUCACCUCGAUGGAGCCGUCGCAUUGAGGCGAGUUAUUUCUCCCUGAGCCUGUCGUUUGAGCCAAAACCAUCCUCAAUCGAAUCAUGGGAGCCCAGGAAGGUCUGGGCGAUACGGUCCCCGACGUGUUCCGGGUGGACGGUCCGCCACGCGAGUUUCAUUUUUCUCUGGUCAUGGGAAAUCUUCUAUAAGCGGAGCACGCUGGGUCUCGCUCCAUUCUAUCGCGUAGCGCGCCGACUUCAUCUACUAUAUACGAUAAAUAAAGCAUGGUU